AACCGAAGUCUCAUUCACUAGCAAAAAGUCGAAUCUUUUAUCACUCACCAUGAAGAGUUUUACAGUUUGUGCCCUCGUUGGUCUUCUGGCCACAGCAGUCACGAGUACACCUGUCCCAGCUGCCCCGGAAGCCGCGUCCCCUGAGGGAACCUACUACUCCGUGAACAAGGAAGGUCAUGAAGAUAGUGCUCAGGGUUGGGGUGGGAAACGCGAUGUCGCAUCCCCUGAAGGAGCUUACUACUCCGUGAACAAGGAAGGUCAUGAAGAUAGUGCUCAGGGUUGGGGUGGGAAACGCGAUGUCGCAUCCCCUGAAGGAGCUUACUACUCCGUGAACAAGGAAGGUCAUGAAGAUAGUGCUCAGGGUUGGGGUGGGAAACGCGAUGUCGCGUCCCCUGAAGGAGCAUACUACUCCGUGACCAAGGAGGGACAUGAAGAGAGUGCUCAGGGAUGGGGUGGGAAACGGGAUGUCGCAUCCCCUGAAGGAGCAUACUACUCCGUGACCAAGGAAGGAAAUGAAGAGAGUGCUCAGGGCUGGGGUGGAAAGCGUGUCGUGUAA